GCCCUCGCCGGAGAGGCUCCUUACAACUCGGACUCCAAGAAGAAGGCUGUGGCAAGAGCACAUCUCGACAAGGGUCUAGUGAAGGGUAUCAUCGAGUUCACGGCCAAGAGCGGCGUUGUUGACGUCCACUUGGACGUCACCGGGUUGCCUCCAAACGCAGGUCCUUUCCAAUACCACAUUCUUGACUCGCAGGUGAGCGAAAAGGGCAACUGUGAGGACGGUGGAAGCACCUUGAACCCUUACGACGCGCACUACAAAACUUGCGACGACCUCGACAAUGAUGCCCUCUGUUCCGUGGGUGACUUGUCCGGUAAGCACGGUUACAUCAACACCACCUGUUUUGAAACCAGAUACACCGACCCAUACCUCUCCUUGAACCCAAACAACAAGGCUUUUGUUGGUAGUAAAUCGUUGGUCAUCACUGACCAGAACAACAAGAAGAUAUCCUGUGGUAACAUCAAGUUG